AAAAUGUUUUGUAUAGACUUUUUACCUUGAUAAUCAUCAAAUUAUUUGUUUAUUUCUGCAAUUUUCCUUUAAUUUAUCUACAUCUGAAACUUUUACUAAUGUAUAAAGAUUUUCAUGAAUUUCGGACGUUAUUAUAACCUCUGAUUACUGAAUUUUCACAUUUAUUUACUCUAAUAACACUCGUGAUAAACAGAUUUACCGUAUCUCAUCACUGGGAAAUCUGUGAAAGGUCAAAUCAGGAUUUUUUGCCUUCGAUGUUCCACAAUCGGUGUAGACACAAAGUGCACGUGGAGGCGACAUGCUGACCACGAAAUCUUCUUCGCUAAACACGAUAAACCUAUCCAAAAAAAUCUCACGAAACUAGAACGAUGUACUUCCCUAUUCACUACUAUUAUUUAUCGCUAUUUGUUGCAAAAAAAAUCUGUAAACUGUCGACUACAAUGACCAACAAACACAGAGACUGCGGUAAAGCUCUCUUCGCGCUGUUUACACAGCAGGAUCGAGCGGGAAACUGACAGGAGCUGCGUUUUCGCGGUUUUUUCCUAGUCAGAAAAAUAUGGUUGUCGCAACCAAUACUUUUGUAAAACCUCCUUACACACUCAUUAUUCAUUUUCUUGUCAUUUAUUUACUUUCAUUAUUGUUAAAAAGUAUAUUUUACAUAAUAUACUGCAUGAAUGAUGAAUCGUCUGCUUGUGCGUGCUCAUAUGCGCGCCAAGCUGUAGGAAACUCAUAGGUGGCGCCGCCGAGCGGUUGGGUAACAGAACUAACGGCCUGUUACCCAAGCUUUCGUCCCCCCAUUUUAACCCAGAACCGUUCUUCUAUAGGAAGUCUAUAUUCGUUGUCUAUACAUUACCCGUCAUUAUCUAUAUACAUACUACAUUGAGCAACCGGCAUCCAUCUCCAAAUGUUAUAGUUACACGUUGAAAUUGAACGAAAUUUAUUAAUAGUGAGUUGUAAAAAAUUUCGAAAAUUUUCAUAUACUCAAAUUUAGCAUAAUCAAAUCACAUAAUGCUUAUGGUAAAUUUUACAAUUAUUAAUCAAUCACAAAAAAUAUAUAGAAAACUAUAUAAUAAUAUAAAUAUUUCUAUAAUAUUUAUUGGUUGUCUUGUCCAGUGACAAGAGACUAAAAUUAUACUUAAGGCUAAGCUAUACUUACUAUAGGCAAAAAAAGUAAGUGGCUACAGAUAGACUACUAACUAAUAAGUACAAGAAUUUCAAAAUUCAAUUUUUAUAUCUAUGAUUUUGGUAACACUGACUUAUUUGUCAAAUCAUCGCAAUACGUGUUAUUACACGGUCAACCCGGUCAAGCGUCAAGAUAUAUAUAUUGGUGUCAACUCAUAUCCGACGACAGACGAAUGACCGAAUUCGACUUCCAUGGUCCAUUCCACGCGAUAUAAGCGCAUAUUAUUAAUUAUAUCCAUUGUUUAGUUUUCGAGAUUAGUUUUUGUUUACAUAUCUACGGCCUUAUUAUAACGUAGAAUCUAGUAUGUAUGUACAUACAUAUAUACCUAUGUGUAUGUGCGUGUUCAUCGACUACAAAUCGACUACAAAAUAAAGUCUUCAAAUGUAAAUUCUUUUGAAUUUAGUGUUUGAGAUAUAAAAAAAAUAUAUACUUAUAUUAAAUAUAUUCAUCUUAUGGACUGAGCAUGUUCUUACAAGAUUAAAUAUUUUUCAACGCUUAAUUUCCUUUAAAAAAUCCACAAGUGUAUAUAUAUAUAUAUGUAUAUAUAAUAAUAAAGUUUGGUUAGAGACUGAAAGAUGAUGGAACGUCCAAAAGUAAGAUUUUGCCAAAGUCAUGAAUUAACUGUUGAUCAAAGCGAUCAUAAAGACAAAGAAAGAAGAAACUUUAUACCUAGCAAAGGAAGAGUCAAAGUCAAAAGUAUUGUGCCUACAAAUUUUCCAAUCAAAGUAUUAGACAAUGGUCAGCGUGUAAUAAACAAACAUAAUAUUCAAGGAUUAGAUGCAGAACAAUUGAUAAAUUCUGAACAUAUACCUUCUAUUUAUGUAUCAGAAGAAUCCAAAGGAUGCAGUCCAUUAACACAAAUUGAUUCUUACAAACCAAGCAUUACAAAUGAAUCAGAAAUGUCAUUUUAUGAUGUACAAAGUUGUAUAGAAGAAAUACAAAAAAUGAGUAUAGAAGAAUCUCAUAGUAAUUUAAAGGGCGAUGUGUUAAAGGCCACUGUUUCUAUUGAAACCUUGACUGAGCAUCGUAAAGAUAACGACGUAGAAUUUAUCGAAGUUGUUAAUACAUCUAAUGAUACAAAAGUAAAACAAAAUAGCAAAGAAUAUAAAAUUUCAAGUAAUAAGCCAAAACUCAAUUUUAAUAGUGGAAGUAAUUUUGGCAAAUCAAACAUGAGUAAAAUUACUGAAAAAGAAAAUAAGGAAAAUUGUUUUGAGCAUGUCUCAGUUAGAUCCGUUCCAAAUAAAUCGCUACCAGUAUCUAAUAAAAUUUUACAAGAAGCAACUAAUGCAUACAAUAAGGUACCUACUGGUGCGACUGCCAAGAAAAUUGGAAGUAAAUCAGCAAAACCAAUGCAGCUUAUGCCUUGUGCAAAAUUCAAGCUUGCUCAUUCAAGCAACAAGAAUAACAUAAUUAAUAAAAAGUCACAAACACAAGUAAAAAAGAGUACUGUGUUUCACGUUAUGGGAAAUAAUAACAAUGUCUCUGUAGAAGCAGGAAUGUUACACAAUAAUAAUUCUCAUGCAAACAUUGUUCAUAAAGAUAGAGGAAUACUAUCUACGGAUUUACUGUCUCGUCCAGAAUAUAAUUCAAUGAUUGCUGUGAUGAAGAGAUUAAAAGAUAUUGAAAAAGAAAAAUUAGUCAAAGAUAUUGAACAUUUACCAAAAACAUAUCAAAAUUUUGUGUCUGAAAAGGUAACAGCUGCAUUAAAUUUUUCUCCAUACGAGGCUGUGUAUAAAGACUUGAUAGAUUUAUCGAUAGACGACGAUAAACUUCCUACUGGACUUAUGCGUAGUAAAGAUCCAGAACCUAGAGAUAAAGAUAUUGUGCCUAAGCUAUCUGAUUUUUAUAAUCCAAAAUGUACUGAACAGUACUUCACAGCAGUCACCCCAAAACCUUUAAAUCCAAUUAAUUUAAAUACUUUUAAUGCUUUUACAAUAAGUAACAAAGUAAGCACGUGGAAAAUUUGCAGGGAUAAUUUUUAAAAACUCUAAAGAAUACAAUAAGGGUAAACAUUCUUUGUACAGCAAUUUUUACACUUGGAUUGUUAGUUAGUUCUUUAUAUAACACAAUUUAUUAGAGAACUGAAAACUGUAUGUACAAAUAUAUGAAAUAAUUUUUUGAAAUUUUGACUAAUAAAAAUAACAUACAUACAUAUAUAAAUAUAUAUUAUUUUACAUAAAAUCUAUGAUAAGUAAUAAUACAUAUUAAAGGGUGAAAAAGUAACGUCGCUGUAUUGAACCAUAUUAUUGAUGCAUAAUAUCUGUACAAUGCACACAAAUUUAAUUCAGUAAAUCAAUUCGUAAAUCGAUUCAAAUUUUUAUCGUAGUCAUCAUCAUAGUCAUCUUUGAAGGGAUUAUUUUUGUCAUCAUCAUCUUCCUCUGCAAAUGGAUUUUUUGACUCAUCAUAAUCUUCUAUGAAAGGAUUAGAUGGUACAAUUGGUGUUUUAGGUGGAAUGAAUGCUUUUUCAGCUGGAGAAGAUUUUGGUGUUGGGUUAUUAAUAAUUCUGGCUUCACGGAUUGGUACAGGAGAUUCUUUUCUUGUACUAUUUUGCGGUGUUG